UAUUUUCUACAACGAACAAUCUGGUGAAAGUUCCAAACUAAAAAUCAUAAUUGCUUUAUUGACUCCAAUCAAUCGAGUCUUUCUAAGCCGCCUCAACCCUUAACACCUUCACCACUCAUUUCCUGUGAACUUAUAUCUCAAUCUGAUCGAUUUUGAUAAACCAAACAACCUCUUUCUAUGCCCAAAUCCAAGCAAGAGAUUGAUUGAUCACCCACUAUGCCUUCCUUUAAUAUCUCCAUAGCCCUUCUCUACUUUCUUUGCUUGCUUAGCCUCCUCACCACUAAAAGCAGCUCCCAACCUCUUUCAGAUUACUGUCCAAACACCACGACUUACAGCACUACUCUUAACAGCACCUACCAUGCCAAUCUCAAUCUCCUCCUCUCCAACCUCUCCUCCAACGCCACCAAACCCGACACCGGAUUCUAUAGCAUCAUCGCCGGUCGCAGCCCCAAUGCCGUCUACGGCCUCUUUCUAUGCCGGGGCGAUGUCACCACCGAUCAAUGUCACGAUUGUGUCCGAAAUGCAAGUCAAGAGAUACUGCAGCGGUGUCCCAACAGGACAGAGGCCGUGAUUUGGUAUGACUUUUGCUUAUUACGUCACUCCAACAGAAAUAUCUUCUCCAUUGCGGACUCAUCAGUUGGGAUAACUAUGUGGAACCCACAAAAUGUGACCAACGAGCCUGUGCGGUUUAUGGAGGUGAUGGGGAGCGCAAUGAACGAGUUAGCGACUCGGGCAGCAAGUGGCGGGUCAGGUAAGAAGUUUGCAGUCCAAGAGACAAACUUCAGUGUUUCAGAGGAUAUAUUCACUUGUGCAGUGCACACCGGACCUGUCUACUAAUGAUUGCAACACGUAUUGGAAUUUAUAUGUCCUAGCAUAGCAAAUUUCUAUUUGGAUUAUAGUGACAUAUGUUCCUGACAUAUCUAAAAUAUUUAUGAUUUAUAUAAUUGGUGAAUUCAAUGUAUUAUGUUUUGAUUCACUAUGAAAUUAAUAGUGUCC